AUGUCGCAGCGACCUACUUCAUUGUUUGCUUUCAUUGUGGGGAUAAAUCAGUAUCAUAACCAUGAACUGGGCAAUCUCAAUUCAGCUGUAUCCGAUGCCGAGGACCUGAAGGGCUACCUUGAGGAGCACCUCCUCGUCCCAGAACACAACAUUCGCCUUAUGCGUGACUUGGAGGCGACGCACGACGGCAUCAUCCAAUCAUUCCGCGAACACUUAACCUUCAACCCCCACAUCCGGAGAGGCGACCCCAUACUGAUCUACUACGCCGGCCAUGGUUCGCGUUACCCUGCGGGUGGGAGCUGGCCUACUGACGACGGAUUCCACGAGGCGAUCUGUCCCUGUGAUCGUGGUGUGGUCAAGAUUGACGGCUCCGUCCAGCAAGACAUUGCCGACCUUACGCUGGGCGGUCUGCUUCUCGAACUUUCGGAGACGAAAGGAGACAAUAUAACGGUUGUUAUGGACUGCUGCCAUUCCGGCAGCGGCACUCGCGCAGGCGGUAGCAGCUCGAGCUCGUCCAGGAUGCGCCCGCGUUUUGCGACUCCCCUAACCCACGAAACUGCGAUCAUUCGGAUGCGGGAAGAAGCAUUUGAUUUCAUCCGACCCCAGGUCCAGACCCGGCGCGUUGAGCCGGUGAAGAUGCGCUACCCAGACUCGCGAACGCACGUUUUACUGGCUGCUUGUCGGCAGGACGAGCAGGCAUGGGAAUCGGACGAGGGCGGCUCCGGGUUAUUUACGUCGGCGCUGCUGCACGUUCUACGCAGUGCUGACCUCCCACGGCUAUCCUACAUGACGCUGAUGGCGGAAAUCGGGAAGCUGCCGUAUCAGACGCCUCAGUGCGAGGGCAAGCACAGAAACCGCAUUAUCUUUGAUGGCAAGGCGCUCGGUAUCGACAAGAAACUUGUCCCCGUACGGCGCAGCGGGGACGGCGGUCUUCGCGUCGAAGCUGGUGAAAUUCAUGGUGUUAUUCCAGGAACAGAGUUCGCUGUUCGCAGUCACAAUUUCUAUUCGGCAGAGAACAGCCACCUUGGCUAUGUGGUGGCAGUGGAUGUCUUCGCUGUUUAUUCCAUCGUACAGCCCAGGGAGUCCUCCGUCACGGUGCCCCCGAACAGCUACGCGACGGUGUCGUACUGGGCAAAUGUCGAUGACCCCUUCGUCGUCUCAUUUUUCCCUCCUCCUCCUAACGAUACCCGGCAGAGGCUCCUCGAGGAUGAGUUCGAACGAUUCGCGCAAGGUGACCGGAGUAACUCCGACAUCCACUUUGAGCGCGACGACAUGAACGACGACGCGAACCUCAUAGUCUUCGUCGACGAGGAGGAGAUGGUGAUCGAACGACGGCAUCCCCUCAUUACGGAAUAUUGCCUGGUGGACUGGACGUGGAAGCGCAAGGGGGAUCGGCAGGAGUUGGACAUUCUCAAAAUGAUCGCGCGGUUCGAGAUGCACCUGGAUCGCCAAAACCCGGACCAACCGUUCCAGAAGGACGUGAGCAUGGGCUUGGUGCGUCUUGGAUCGGAUUCGCAGCCCACCCGGGGCAACCACAUUAGCGGAGGCGUGGCCGAUCUACCAGACGAUCCCAAUGCACAAUAUGCGGUAGUGCUUCACAACUCCUCCAACACCGAUCUAUGGUGCAGCUUGUAUUACUUCGACCCUUCCGAGUACGCCAUCACGGAUCUAUACGUCCCCCCAUCAUCGACAAUGCACCCGCCCCUUCGUCGCCACUCGGACCUCACGCUGGGCUACGGUAGCACUGUCGUCACGCCCUUCUCGUUGACAUUAAAACCCGAGGAUGAACGAGACACGGGAUUCCUGAAAUUAUUCAUCUCAGAACAGUAUGCGGACUUAUCUCUCAUGGAACAGAAUGCCUCGUAUGAUUACAUGGAGCCGGAGACGACGAGGGGAGGAACUUUGCCUCAGGGACACGGUCGCUGGGACACCAUUCUGACCAUCAUCAACGUGUCGAGAAACUUAGAAUGA